AUGUCGACUGCCGACCAAUCCCCCUUCUCCAUCCGCCCUGAGGAUGUGCAGCGCCUGGAAUCCUCUCAGCCCUUCAACGUCCUCCGCAGCUAUCUUGCCGUCAAUGCCACCAACGAAAUGUGCCCUGAGCAUGCAUGCUGCUCCCCCGAGCCAUGGUUGCUCCACCGCGACAUCCUGCAUGCCCUGAUCAUGCCCGUGGUCCAGCUCUUCCACCGUGCCUCUCGCCUGGCCGAGGCGGCUCUGUGCAGCUCCAAGGCCGAGGACCUCGAGAUGGCCUUCACUGGCGAUGCGCGCAGCGGUUUCCUCUGGCUGCAAUGCUUCCUUGCUGACGAGGAAGACUGGUGCCAGUCAAUUGGCUGUCCUGCUUGCAUUGUCACCUCUACUCUCUCAACCGAACAGCACCUGCGGAUAACCUUUACCGCCCUCAACCUUGCCGAGGAGUCCAGCUAUGCCAGCGGCCCCUCACAGAGCCUCCCUUCGCUUCCCUUCUUCGCCGAUGCUCUCCGCUACGCCAUCGACACCGACCCCUUCUGGGAAUCCUACCCUGGCGCCUCCUCCACCUUUGAAGCUUCUGCUCAGAAACUCACUGCCCACAUCCAUGCUCUCAUGGACCAGUGCGGCGAGAUCGAAGCCCUUGUUUCAGACUACGAUGCUACGCCCACCGAUUCUCAGACGUCCAGCCAGCUUGUCAAGUUUCAGCAACGCGCCCAGCCGGUGCGCGCGCCCUCCGGAUUCCUCAGGAUUGGUGCCGAAAGCAAAUGCCCCGCUGUUAAGCCCAGCCGCAUGGCCAGGCGUCAGCAACGUAUGCGUCAAGAGGAGCAAAUGUUGCUGCAGCAGUUGGUGGCACAGUGCUGGGGCCAAGUUGCGCUCGCCGGUGCAGUCCCGGGCGCGCGGGAUCGCGCUCACGUCAAGGCGCUGAUGCGAGGCGCAGACAGUGUGACCAGCUUCUUGCUUGGCACUGGCAGCUCGACGAGCUUCGGCGAGAAGAGAAGGCGGAGUUUGACUUGUCCUUGA